GGGGGCGCGCGCCGGCCGCCAGUCGCCGCCGCCGCUCCGCCCGCGCCGCGUGUGUCGCACGCUCGCUCUCCGCGCCCGCACUCCACCGCCUAGCGCACUAACAACAAAUACCUCUUAACAUCAACUGUCAUCCAAACUAUUCAAUCGGAAAGAACUCUCUACUCAAAAGUUCGGACAACAAAAGAAAAGCCCGCGAGUGCUUGAACAUACCAAAAGAUUUUUUUGUAUCAUGUGAGAUUGUACUAAUGCUAGGUUGCAGAUCUUUAGGCAGCUGUUCGAACGGUGGAUAGCACAAGGCGACAAAUUUCAGGCGCAAGAGCGGCAGUCAGAGCGAAACUUUGUUAUGAGUCAUAAAAGAAGAUAAAAAUGAAGCUGACACUUUUUCACCCUUCUUCAUACACUUAAGAAAUACUCGAGUGAUUGCGUAGACCGCUGGCGAUACAAUGUCGUAGACGAGAUCGUAUUCAUGGGAGACGCAUGGAGGCGCGCGCCCAGAUGAGUCACCUCCCGCUCGGCAAGCACCGCCCCGGGACCACCUAUAGGAGCUGUUCUCAGUCUCUGCCGCUUGAUAUUCUAUGGUUGCCGCGGUCGUCGUUCCGGCCGGCGGAGGGCGAGCUGGCGGACUGCGUGCUGGUAGUGGGGGUGUCGCGGCCCAAGCUCGCCGCGGCGCUCCUCUCCGUCACGCUACUCUCGCUCUUCCUCACCUUCCAUGUUCUCUACGACAGUGCGCUUUACAGCAUACAGGCGGCCAGUAUGGCGUCGGCAGCGAGUGAGAGCCGAAAGAUCCUGCAGGCUCAGGAGAGCAAUACCCGCACCAUUAACCACCCAAUGGCGCUUAGGAAACGCGUCAAGGCGCCAAGACCUGCUAAAAGGCUCCCUCAAGCUCUAAUAGUCGGCGUACGAAAAUGCGGUACACGAGCUCUUCUGGAAAUGCUUUACCUCCAUCCAAUGGUACAAAAAGCGUCAGGGGAGAUCCACUUCUUCGACCGAGACGAAAAUUACGCUCUUGGCUUGGAGUGGUACAGGAGCAAAAUGCCGCUUUCCUUCAAAGGACAAAUUACUAUAGAGAAAAGUCCGAGUUACUUUGUGACUCCAGAGGUGCCAGAACGUGUCCGCGCCAUGAACUCAUCAGUACGACUGCUACUAAUAGUCCGCGAGCCAGUGACUCGUGCUAUCUCCGACUACACGCAACUGCGCAGCCGAGCAACACCGUCCGCGCCGGCGCAAGUACAACCGCCCGGCCAUCCACUGCCCGAUGCCGCUAAACCGUUUGAGCAUCUCGCCAUUGCUCCUGAUGGAUCGAUAAAUGUCGCUUACAGGCCAAUCGCAAUAUCGCUCUACCACUCAUAUCUGCACCGGUGGUUGGAGGUGUUUCCGCGGGAGCAAAUCCUGGUGGUAAACGGAGAUCAGCUAAUUGAAGACCCUGUACCGCAGUUACGACGCAUCGAGAAAUUUCUCGGGCUUGAACACAAAAUUGGUAGAAGAAAUUUCUACUUUAAUGAGACGAAAGGGUUCUACUGUUUGCGAAACGAUACCACGGAUAAGUGUCUUCGGGAGACGAAAGGAAGGAAGCACCCACGCGUGGACCCUGCAGUUGUUACCAAGCUAAGAAAAUUCUUUAUCCAGCAUAACCAGAGAUUUUACGAUCUGGUCGGGGAAGACCUUGGCUGGCCUGAGGAUUAGAUAAAUAACGAGAAACUCGAUAUGAUCAAAGGUUUGAAGGAAGUG